AUGGGUACUCUUGGGGCUUAUCAUUUCGCUCUGCUAAAACUCCCUAUUGUCAUGACGACGCCGGAAAAAUGGGACAGUAUGACAAGGAAAUGGAAAGAUAACAAAGCUCUGGUGCAAGCUGUACGAUUAUUUCUCGUUGACGAGGUGCAUUUACUGAACGACGAGUCACGUGGACCAACAAUGGAAGCAGUAAUAAGCAGAAUGAAAACGGUCAAGACUACAGAAAGUCGAAUCAGUCAUCGAAAAGAAAUUUUAGGAACAAAUAUAAGAUUCCUGGCCGUAUCAGCCACCAUACCUAAUGCUAAUGACAUAGGAAAAUGGCUUGGAACAGACGAUGAUCCGGCAGCAACAUACAGUAAGGACGACAGCUAUCGGCCAGUAAAACUACGCAAAGUUGUAAUAGGCUAUCCUUGUAACAACAACAUCACCAACUUUCGAUUUGAUCUUUCAUUAAUUUACAAACUGAACAGCAUCAUACAGACAUACUCCGAAAACAAGCCAACAUUAGUGGAAAGGAAGUCGGAUGUGAGUUUACUAAGCAAGAUGAAGACACUAAAUUAUCAAUUAAAUGAAAAUGAUGAAGACGUCAUUAUCGAAAAUGGUCUGCUUACAGACAUUCACAUUGGCAAGACCCAAAAUUUGUUGAAGCAACAAUUCCCAAGCAUCCAAGGCCUCCAAGCAACAACAUUAGAUGUCGCCUUCCAUAUGUCAGGGAGGAAGAUGACAUGGUUGAAUGUGUCAGUUGUCAGAGCUGGUUUCAUAAACACUGCCUUGAUGUCCCGGAACUAUUUUUUAAAAAAGCAGAAAUAAAAUGGAAAUGUAAUCCACAUUGUGGUCAAAAGAAGUAAAAACAGGUUAAGUGUGUGUUAUGUGACUGAUAAUGAAAGUCGAUUCUUCUUCUGAAUUAUUAGUACUUUUAACUA